UGUCAUUAUCUAACAAACUCAGAUUUAAAUGUAUAUUUUUAAAAACCAUGCUUGGAAAUUGUUGCAUCGAUAAUCGGUUUACAAUCGAAUCAUUGGCCUCUGAAUUGGAAUCGAAUCAUGAGGUGCCAAGAGAUUCCCACCGCUAUUAAAAACACACCGUGUGUCGGCAUGAGCCUUCCUCAGGGUGUGAAACCUCCUUAGUCUGGACAUUUUAUUAUUUCAUAAUUGUUCUUCUUUUUUUUUAAUAAUGCAUUUGUUCUGUUACUUGUUUAUUUGCUCCAGUUAAUGGAAACACGCAGAAUUCGCAUUUCUUAUUUGCAACUUUUUAAAAUUUUGUUCAAAAUUAGCAUGAUUACAGAUAAAUGACUGGCCUAAGCCUUCAUGUUGCCACCAUGGAAAGUGAAUCCCAACUGUUUGUCAUUAGAGAGUGGAAGGCUGGGAGUGGGCUUCACCAAGGGGAAUGCCCCAACUAAGCCCUCAGAAUCUGGAGUAUUAUCACCCCAUGGUGGAGGAAAAGGUGACUCCCCAUGUGAGUGACUGAGAGAUCUGCCUUCUAAGUUUACACACUGUAAGAAGUAUGUGGUCUGUGUGUGUAAGACCCUAAACUGGUUCAUUCAGGUGUGUGAUCAAAGGUCAGUGAUGUACAUCAGGGCUGUAGAUAGAUGGACAUAUGGACAGAUGGACAGUACUGCACUAAAUGUAAAUGAGUGCCAUGAGAUCACCACAUAGGCGUAGAUGGGUGGGUGUCUGUAGGGAGAGGGUUGGUCAUGCAAAGCUAGCAGUAGAUGUUUAUAUUUAGCUGGGGAGAGGAAAAGAGGGGGACAAACUAGGAAAGGGGGAUUGCUGUUUGUCAUGUUACCUCUCCUCCAUCUUCCCACUUAGCGGGGGGUUGAGAGGUGUCAGGGGUCAUCAGGUGUCCUUUUCUUAGGGAGGAGUUAUGUUGAAAUAUAGCUACUGCUCUAGUAUAUACACAGAUGAUCUACUGCAGACAGUUUGUCAGGAGGAUACUGGGCAUUCCUGUGUAUGCAACUGUGCACACACAUGUGGCGUGUGUCCACGCUCCAGGGGUCGACUGGCAGUUAAAUAAAGCAACACACCAGAAGUGAAGGAAUGAGAGGGGGGCGAAGAGGGCGGGAGAGCAAGAGAAUGGCAGAGGGGAAUAGAGAAAAAGAGGAGGGAGGGGUAGAGAAGCAGGGGGAGAGACUGAUUUAUUUCCACAGCUGAGAGCUCCUGUGUAGUUUGGCGUAGAUUUCGGACAGGCAGUCGAGAGGAGAAGAGGGACAAGAAAGCCAAAAGAGGGAAAGAAGGGAAAAACAGAGUGCAAGGAGGAGGACUGUGGACAUGGAUGCCCUAGCACUAGAGGCCACCAGCACUAAAAAACCAUCUAACGGGGCGGCGGUGGUGGCUGCCCCUGUGCCGGCUCAAGCCCCGGUCAAGCGCAAACCUGCUAAAAAAACUAAAAAGGCUGUUGUUUUCUUUGAGGUGGAGAUACUGGAUGCCAAGACCAAGGACAAGCUCUGCUUCCUGGACAAGGUCGAGCCAAAUGCCACCAUUGGAGAGAUCAAGUCUAUGUUUCACAAGAGCCAUCCUCAGUGGUACCCAGCCAGGCAGUCUAUUCGCCUCGACCCCAAGGGGAAGUCUCUGAAGGAAGAAGAUGUUCUGCAGCAUCUCCCUGUGGGAACCACGGCAACCUUCUACUUCAGAGACCUGGGAGCCCAGAUCAGCUGGGUCACAGUCUUUCUGACGGAGUACACCGGUCCUCUGGUCCUCUAUCUGAUGUUCUACUUCAGAGUUCCCUUCAUCUACGCACCCAAAUAUGACUUUACCACCAGUAAACACUGGGUUGUACAUCUUGCCUGUAUGUGUCACUCCUUCCACUUCUUUAAGAGGCUGCUGGAGACACUGUUUGUCCAUCGCUUCUCUCAUGGAACAAUGCCGUUACGGAACAUCUUCAAGAACUGUACCUACUACUGGGGCUUUGCAGCAUGGAUGGCCUAUUACAUCAACCACCCACUGUACACACCACCCAUCUACGGAGAGCAACAAAUCAGACUGGCUCUCAUCAUAUUCUUGUUCUGUCAGAUUGGCAACUUUUCCAUCCACAUUGCUCUUCGGAACCUCCGUCCACCAGGCUCUAAGACCAGAAAGAUUCCCUAUCCAACCAAGAACCCCUUCACCUGGAUCUUCCUGCUGGUCUCCUGCCCCAACUACACCUAUGAGCUGGGCUCCUGGCUUGGCUUCACGCUGAUGACUCAGUGUCUGCCGGUGGCCUUCUUCACCUUGGUGGGUUUCAUCCAGAUGACUGUGUGGGCCAAAGGGAAGCACCGCAGCUACCUGAAGGAGUUCCGUGACUACCCUCCUGUCCGCUCCCCCAUCCUGCCCUUUAUCUUGUAGAGGACUACUUGAUCGCUCCCUUGCCCGUUCUGCUGUCCCUGCUUGUAGUCAAAUACACCCCCUCCUAAACUGAGAGUGUGCUCUCCCUUUCUCCACCCUCCAAAAUCUCCAUUGGAACUUAGUAGACUACUGACUGAAAGAAUCUAACCCUGUACCCGUUUCCUCCCGUUUUCAAGUUUUCUUUUGCUUCCCAUCUGCCAUCCCUACAGUAUUGAGUGCAAAUGUGAAGCACUACGCUUGCUUUUUUUAAUUGCCCACAAACCCAUUCUGAUUGGUUAAUCGACAUGUGUGUUUGAGCUCCUAGAGCAGUUAUACACCUUCAAACUACCCAGUGUAUAUUCAAUGACAAUGUACAUAAUUAACAUCAACAUGUCCAACCACUCUGCAAUCUAAUACUUUUUUUUUAGGCUGAUUCUGCAUCUGGUGAGAUUCAGUGAUUUGGUUUAGUUUUUAUAUCAAUUCAUCAAAAUUUGAAAUCAUGACAAUGUCAUUUUGUAGAUGCCUGAAGUAAUUUAUUAAAAAAAAAGAAAAGGUUAACCAAAA